AUGCUCUCGUCGCUGCCUGCGACCGCCAUAUGCGGCGUAGGCGUCGCCUACCUGGUCCUACGCGCCUCCUGCAAGUAUCUCUGGGGUGUUCUCUAUGAGCACAACCUCAGGGAGGCCACCGUCGUACGCGACUUGCCUCGCCUGGCCGAGACGCCCUCCACGCCACGAGGACGGACGUGUGUUGUGAUUGGCGGGAGCCUGGCGGGGUGCAUCGCGGCAGGCGCCAUGUCCAAGAUGUUUGACACAGUGGUCCUCAUCGACCCGCUCAUUGACGAGGAGGAGCCCAAGAGAUGGCGGACGCAGGUCGCCCAAUUGAACCAGGUCCAUGGUUUCUUGCCCACCUCGGUGCAGGGCCUGCAGCUCAUCUUUCCCGGCGCGUUCGAAAAGGCUGUCAUGCGCCGUGGCGGUCGCCUGCUGAGCAUGAGCGAGUCUCCGAUGGAGAAUCUGUUCAACCACGGCUAUGUAAAGUACGACGAGAAUCUGGCGACGAUCAUCGCGGGCAAGAGCGACUCGCUGCCCAUGUCGCGCUGGACGCUCCAGCAGGUUGUUCGGGAGCUGUUGCGGGACACGCCGUCGGUGAUGAUGGCAAAGGGCAGAGUCACGCGCUUCAAGUACAGAGAGGCGUCCGUCUGCGGCGUGCUGUUCGACGACGCCAGCGGGGUGGAGAAAUCCCUGGACUGCGAUCUCGUGCUCGACUGCUCCGGUCCCAAAAGGGCCUUUCGCAAACUCAUCGCCGGUUAUCCGCGAUUCAGCGAGCCCGUCCUGACCGUGUACAACCUCCCCAUGACCUAUUCCACUGCUAUUUUUGACAUCCACCCCAGCCUGGUGGAUCGCAUGCCGGUGCCGGACUCAAUAAAAACACACACGACCUCGUGGCGCGAUCUGGGCGGUGUGUCGAUGGUCCUUCCCCAUCUCACGCAAGUCGGAGACUUCCACAUGAUGUACCGAGGCGAAGGCAACAAGCGCAGGUUCACGCUAGGCACCAAUAUGUUCACGUCUGAAGGCGGUAGGAGCUAUGACGAGGUGCCAGCCACAAUCGAUGCAUAUCGGCGGGCGUGGAAGUCGAGCCACUUUGCUCAGACAGGCCAGGAAAAGGAAGCAUGGUUCGACGAGACGAUGGAUCUGCUCGAGGAGAGUGAUCGUCUGCAUGAGCAUGCAACGCCGUUCUUCAAGCUGCGCGAGACGCAGAGCUACGCCUACCAGAUUGAUGCGAGCGGCGACGGAGGCAAGCGAGGUCUGCCCGACAAUCUCGCCAUUGUAGGCGACGCCUUUGCCAAGCUCAAUCCUACGUUUGGACAAGGAUGCAGCAAGGCAAUGGCCGACGUGGCGACGCUGUAUACAAGCCUCCUCGACCACGAGCGCAUUGCCGACGCCGUGUGCGACUUUGACAAGCGCCGUCAGGCGCGCACGAUGGCUAUGUUCGAGACAAACAUGGUUUUCGACUUUGGCUUCGAAAGCGUGCAAAAGGCCAACCCAGCCCAUCCCAGCAGCAAGGGACAGUUGAUGCGAUGGUUCUCCAAGGGCUUUCUCAAUGCCAUAAUCAAGACAAAGGAUCCCAACUUGGGAAACUCGUUUGUGGGCGUCACGUUGGGUGCACUGCCUCCGCUGGAACUCAUGCGUCCCUCCCACGUCGCCCUAUCGCUCUUCGCGCGGCGCUUCUGGGACUGCAGUCCGUAGUGUCACGGCUUUUUCGAACAUGUUGUCUUGACAUCUUUACUGUAUCAUAUUAUUUCGUGGUCGCUUGUCCGGAGGGGCAAAUUCUAAUCUAAUGCAUCACCGCUCCCCAC